GUUCUGAGUCUGCCUGUUCAGUUUCUUCUUUUCUGAAGCCGGAAUCUAGGGUUUUUUCUUGCGCUCGCCUCCGCUGCAAUGGGUAAGGGAACGGGAAGUUUCGGAAAGAGGAGGAACAAGACCCACACUCUCUGUGUGAGGUGUGGACGCCGCAGCUUCCACAUCCAGAAGAGUCGCUGCUCUGCUUGUGCCUUCCCCGCUGCUCGCAAGAGGACCUACAACUGGAGCGUGAAGGCCAUCCGGAGGAAGACAACUGGUACCGGAAGAAUGAGGUAUCUUCGCCAUGUCCCUCGCAGGUUCAAAACCGGAUUCAGAGAAGGUACUGAGGCAAAGCCGAGGAACAAGGCAGCAGCCUCGUCGGCUUAAGUCAAUUUAAGCAUUCACAGGGAGAGUAAUUUUUGUAGUUUUGGUUUCUCUUCUGCUUGAGACUAUUCAUGUUUGUUCUUGUGUCUUCUAUUUGAAAAAGUAUUGGACAGAGAUGGAAAUGCUGCUUACAUUUUGAAACCCUUUAUUGAUUAUUUGUGUUUUGACAAGAAACAAAUAUAGAUUGCUUGAGUGAGAUUAUAGA